AUGUGUCGACUAAAUAUGAUUUUUCCUCCUUGUGAUAAAAAAAAAUCUCCUGAACAAUUAUUUGUUGCUCCAUCACAUCUUCCAAGUAGUUCAAGUGAUGAAAGUGAUGAAACAACACGUUAUUCAAUAACAUAUAAACGAGCAAUAUUACUGUUUAAACCUAAUAAAUAUAAUAUGAUGGAUAUAUCAAGUAGUUUUCAAAUGUAUCGACUUGAUAUAUCAAAUAUAUUUUCAUUAAAUCCAUUUGUAACAUGGUUACCAACAAAAUGUAUAUCUGUAUUUAGUAGUCCAUCAUGUUCAUCUCUUUCUUGUUCAUUAAUAUGUGCUUGA